AUGCCGACUUACCCUGGUUUCUAUCUUUCGCCACAAGCCUGGGAUGACUGGGUUCGUUCACAAAAUACUUUGUUGCCUCGUUGGGGUCCUGGGAAUGCAGAAGAUAUGAUCAAGAGGGAGUUGCGCAAACACAAAAUGAAGAAAUACUUUGCUGUUAUUCAGGUUCCUACUCCUCUAUCUGAGCCUGGCGAAUCCAGUGUCGGCUUGAUGAUCUACAGACAGUGUUCCCCAAGACGAGUCUAUCUUGCGCCGCAUGCGGAUGCCAAAGCCGACGUCUUUGGGCCACAGAUACUCCAAAGUUUGAUUGGGGUGACAACCUCCGAGUGGAGGUGCAUUUGGUUCAAGAAUUAUUCAACAAAACCACGAUUUGAAGCCGAGUUCUUAGAGCCUCCCAGUGGUGGACAGGAUGGGGGCCUCCCUCUUCAGGAGGCCAACAAAGGAUUGGCUAACACGAAUGAAGUUGCUGGGGCGCUCCAGGCCGAAUAA